AUGAGCAAUGCACUCUCCUAGCCAAGCCCACAAGCUGCUAAUUUUAGCAAUUACAUGAAUUUUUCCAAGCAGUCUCGAGUCCCUUCAUGAUUCAGAGCCACUCGGCUUUGCUUCGCCCACCACCCUGGCCAUGGGGAUGUGCUGGAGGUAUGCCAGCAUGGAUGCACCAAUGACUGUCCCACUGUCCAGUGGCAAGGCUGACCUCCUUGGAAACAGUGAUGCUGCUGUUCCGGGGCUCCUGGGACCUCCCUGGCUGGUGGCAUUUCAGGGCUGAGUUUGGUGAUGGGGGAACACCAGGGCUUGUGCAAGAGGUCACAGGAUAGGGAGGAGCCCUGGUGGGGCUGGGAACCCCAACUGUGUUAAAUGCAAGUGGCUCAGCGUGGCCAAGGGUUGCCUGCUCCUGGCCAUGCCAACCUCUGGGACCACCAGCCAGGGUUACGUCAAAGUGCAAGAGGUAGCGCUAGCUGGGACUACUUGCCACAGGACCUCCAGCCCUCCUGUGGGCUCAGCAGCAGGCGGAUAAAUGCCUGCAGAAAGUCCUGGGGGCUCUUGGGUGCAAGGGCACGGCACCUCCAGCCCGGGCUGCAACUGCUGGCAGUGGCUGGGCUGUGGGGCAGCACUCUGUGCUGUUGCUUUUUCCCUACAUAGCAGCGUCUGGCCACUGCCUUUUGUGAGGAAUCAAAAAACCAUGUUUGUGCAGGCAGCAGAGAUGGUGAGGAGGUCUGGGGGCUUUGGAGGAAGGAGCCGAUCCCCCAGCUCAGCCAUGACCCCAGGUGUUGCUGCCAUCCCUGUCUCCUGGGGGUGCAGGGUCUGGCAGAUGCCCACCCUUAGGCUCCAUUGUUCCCUCAGAGGCGUAGGGACAUGGCGGUGACUCCACACUGUCCCAAGCUUGGUCUGGGGGUUCAGUGUUUCUCUGCCUGGGGUGGCUGGAGCGGGGGAAGGUCCCCAGAGCACUGCUAGACCUGAGGGCUUUCGCAUGGCAUGAGGCUUGCUCAGCUCCAUCCAGCAUCGUGUGAGCUCCCAGCUAUGUGGAGAGGCCUCCUUUUGCAAAACGCUUAUCUCACCCUCAGUAAUAUCCACAUGCUGUCUCUGGGAGCUGCCUCUCCCCUCCAGAUGUGCAGAGCAUGUCCAUCUGUCUGUCCUGAGCUCUCAUACCACAGGCAGUAGCUCUACUUCCCUGCCUGCUCCCCAUUCCUCUCCCUUGCACAUAGCCUGGGGCAAGCUCCUGUGCGCUCACCUCUGGGAGCAGUUCCCUCUCCACCGUGGCUGUGGUGCACGGGCUUGUGCCAUUACUCAGCCUCGCUUUAUUUUUAGGGUUGUCUUGAAAACAGACUUGUCCUUCCCAGCCAGGGGCCAGAGCCACGUUCCUGAGGCCUGGCUAGAGGCAGCUGGGUUUUUGGCAGGGCUUUUACCUGGGCUCCUCUGAAACUUUGGGUGCUCUACGUGGCUGUUAGUACCAUAAUCUGAUCACCUCCUUCCUGGGGGCAGGAUGGUUGAGGGCAGCCCCCCUGUGUCCCCAUCCCUGCGUCUCCCCUGGGGCAGCGCUGCUUGGAAGGAGCGGAGUCCGACAUUUCUCUGUUGGACUGGACUCGGGGUGGUGGUUUUUCAGAAGUGCUGGGGUUUAAUUUCUGUGUUGCCUUGCUAAAAAAACUGUGCUUCAGGGGUGAGUCAGAGCUGGCAGGAGCCCAGCAGUGCUGGCGCUGAUGGCGGGCAGACAGAGCUGGCGAUAAGGGUGCGAUAAGGCCACAAGAACCCUGCCCUCGUGCUGGGGCUGCAAGGAGUGGGCAGCUCCCAAGCCUGCUGCCUGACCUCUAGCUGCACUGCUGUCAAGGAAGCGGGGAGAUUAUUUUGGGAACCACGGUGCUGGGAAAAUCUGCUAUGUCAACAGAGUCUGAGCUAAAACGCUUGUGGGUGGUGUUCUCAAAAUGCCCCUUCUCCAUGCCCAAAUCCCUGGCCAUUGCCCCAGGAGCAGGCAGGGACCAUGGCUGGGGAGUAGCCCCAGCCUCGGUGCUCACUCCCCAGCCGGGGAGGGGUCGGUCCCUGGCCAUGUGGCAUGUCCCAUGGCAGCCAGGCCCCCAUGCAAUCUGACAUAUUGGCAGCAGUUGCCUUCAGCUGAGGUCCCACUUCCUACCCUUUUCCCAUGGUCCCUGUUGCCUUCCUCAGAGUCUGGCUGGAAAAUCCCCUCUCUGUCCCUGCAGAUUGUUUUUUAUCUGUCUGAUCUCCACUUUGAACAGUGUCCCCAUCCCCUGCGCUGCCCUGUGCCCUCCCACCCCUCACAGCACACUGUGGUACAAGGAUGGAGGCAGGCUUCCACCACCCCCACCACCCCCCGGCUCUCCAGCGGCAGCCCCGUGUUGUUCCCAUCUCCAGCAGCUCGUUAGCACCAGCUGGGACCUGAGCAGGGGCUGUUGCAGCCAGCAGAAUCAUGGGUGGGCUGAGACAGGAUUAGACAUGGUCAGGAAAAUUCCAGCUGCCCCGUGGUUAGCACAGGGUUGUUCCGGCUCUUGGAAGCCCGACUGGCCACGCACGCUGGCUUACCCCAGCUGCUUCCUCCUGAAUAUCCAUUCUUGGUGGCUGCUGGACUGGGGCUGCCCAGGAGAGUGUGUUCGCAGGUCUGGAUGCUUGUCUUCAAACAAGGGUACUGAAGUUCAGGAGGGGGAAACCCAAAACUCCAUCCUUGAGACGAUUGCUGUGUUAACAAGGAAAUCUGAGUUGGAAGCAGCUCUGCUCCAGCGCUUUCCCUAACCCCGACGCUGCCCCUGUGCUGAUUCAUUGAUUUGGACGGGUUAUAUACUGGGAGGGGAAGCAUGAACCACACUCGGCUCUCGCCAGCACGGAGCUGUGCUCGCUCAGCGCUCGCAGCUGCAGGACACUCGGGCCCAAUGGAGCAGGGAGGCUGGUGGUGGUGGCUGCUGCUUCUGCUGGGGAUCCAGCUGGCCGGCAGCCAGUGCCCAGAGCAGUGCCAGUGUGUCCGCACCGCCCAGGUGGAGUGCUCUGGUGCUGGCAUCACUGCAGUCCCCAGCCCCAUCCCCGCAAACGCCAUGACCCUCCAGAUCAUCAACACGCGUAUUGCCGAGCUUGGCGACGCGUCCUUUGGCAACGCCUCCCUGCUGAUUGGGCUGCGCAUCGAGAAGAACAACCUGUCGCGCAUCAGCCCCGGGGCCUUCCAGCACCUGCCUGACCUGCGCUACCUCAGCCUGGCCAGUAACAAGCUGCAGGAGCUCCCCGUGCAGGUCUUCGAGCCCCUGGACAAGCUGGAGUCGCUGCUUCUCUCCAGCAACCAGAUCCUCCAGGUAGAGCCUUCCCACUUUGCCCACCUGAGCAACCUUAAGGAGCUGCAGCUGCACGGGAACAACCUGCAGGACCUGAAGGAGGGGGUGUUUGACCAGCUCACCAGCCUCACCAAACUCAACCUGGCCAGGAACAACAUUGACCGCCUGCCGCCCCGGGCCUUUGAGCGGCUGGCGCGGCUGCAGGUGCUGCGGCUCUAUGAGAACCGGCUCCGGCAGAUCCCAGCGGGCACCUUCGAUGGGCUGCCAGAGCUACAGGAGCUGGGGCUGCACCAGAACCAGCUGGAGACACUGUCCCCAGAGCUCUUCAUGCACAACAGGAACCUGCAGAAGCUCUACCUGUCCAACAACCUCCUUACCGCCCUGCCAAGCGGUGUCUUCUUGCCCCUGCGCACCCUCGCCAAGAUCACCCUGCACGUCAACCGCCUGCGGGACAUCUCUCCUGGUGCCUUUGGGCCCAUGCCCGAUCUGCGGGAGCUGUGGCUCUAUGAGAAUGAGCUUUCCACCCUCCCCAAUGCUGUCUUCAGCAACCUCACUCAGCUGCAGCUCCUGGUCCUCAGCAAGAACCGGCUGCGCUCAGUGGCACCAGGGGCUUUCCAGGGCUUGGGGGAGCUGCUGGAGCUGUCGCUGCACUCCAAUGCACUGCGCCGCCUGGACACCCAGGUGCUGAAGGGGCUGCCCAAGCUGCAGAACAUCUCACUGCAUCACAACCAGCUGCAGGCGCUGCCACGGGGCCUCUUCGAGGCCACCCCGGGGGUGCGGAACCUGCAGCUUCACUCCAAUGCUCUGGAGUACCUGCCUGCCGGCAUCUUCUCCCCCCUGGCCGCCCUGCGGGACGUGAAGCUGCACAACAACUCCUGGCGCUGCGAUGAGGGCAUCCUGCCCCUGUGGGGAUGGCUGAAGGACAACACCCACAAGGUGGGCGAGACACCCCCCCUCUGUGCCCAGCCCCCUGCCCUGCGCGGUGCCCCCAUUGCAGGGCUGCCGCGGGACCAUCUCCUUGCCUCCCAGCCUCCCACUGCCUCUCCCCAUUCCAGCAUCCCACUCCCUGCUCGCCCCUCUGAGGUAGCAUUGCCAGAGGGUGCCUGGACGGAGUCCCCUGUGGGGCUGCCGGUCUCCCCCCGGGAGGAGGAGGAGGAAGAGGAGGAGGAGAGGGGGCAGUGGGGGCUGACGCGCAUGCAGAGCGGGGUGGUGGUGACGGUCAUCGUGCUGGUGUGUGUGGCCCUGCUCGCUGCUCUUGUGGCACUGGUGGUCUAUGGCUGUAGGAAGAAGAGCCACGUUGUGCUCAUGAGGAUGAAGGCACCUAACGAAGCCUGAGCACCCGGCAGACCCUGGGGGGAGCGCUGCUGUCGGGGGUCCCCUCCCCAUGGGGCCAAGGGGCACGACAGCAGCUUUGCAUCAGCUGCCCUCACUGACUUGGACAGGCUGCCAUCACCCCGUGUGCUGCGUGUCCGCCUGUCCUGCUCUGCUUUGCCCUGUCCCUGCUCUGCAGCAGGGCAUCCCCCUGGGUGCCCUGUCUCAGCUGCCUUCUGUCCCCAGCACCUCCUGCCCCCAGCGCAGCCGCUGUGCCCGUUCUCUGCCCAGGGGCAGCUGCCGGGCUGGAGUCUGGGAGGGAACCCUCAAACAGGGAAUCACAAUCUGGCCAUAUGGUGCUUGCCCUGAAUGACAGGACUUUCCCACCUUUCACCUUGUAUUGUCCCCUCCAGCACUGCCUGCUCUUGCACUGCCUGCUGCCCUCUCCAGCCCCUGUUCCCCAUCUUCCCCCAUACCCCAUACCUCCAUUCUCUGCCCCUGCCUGGGUAGGCAGGUGCUAGCCAUCACGCAGGGCUGGGAGCUGAGCAAACGCCUUCACCCCCGGCACAACCGUGUCUGCUUGUGCUGCUUUGUAGCUCGCCAGCAUGCGGGUGGGGAUCCCCGCAGGGCUGGGCUGCCUGGGCCUGGCGCUGCUGCUAGGGUGGCACACCCUGACUGACUCGGCUGCGUCCAAGCUGCCCUCCCUACCUGCAGGCAGCGCGGGCCAGAGCACAGCCGGCAUCUUCCCUCACCCCAAGCAACCUGCUUCCCUCGCGCUUGUGCUUGUCCUGCCUGGAGAGCCAUGGGGCCACGUGCCGGUGUCUGGCACGGCUGCAGAUCCCCUGAGCCCUCGCCUUGUAUUGGUGCUAACCCUCCUGCAGCCCUGCCCCUGCCUGCAGCACCCUGCCCCAACCCUGCAGGUGGUCGGGGGGCUCACACCAGCCCCUGCUGCAGGGGAAUUCUAGAGGUGGGGUGUGGGGCAUACACAGAGCUGGACCCCCUGCCUGGCCAUGCUGGCCACCCCUUUCCCUGUGAGGGCUGUCUGCCAGGGGCUGGGAGAGGCUCCUGCACUUGUGCCCCAGGGCUGCUGGAGCAUGCUUGGGCUGCUCCUGCUGCACUCUGUCCCUGGUCCUCGCUGCCUCAGCACCCUCGUGUGUACCCUGCCAGCUAGUGAGCAGCCUGGCCCUGCUCUGCCUGGCAAAGCUACAUCCUCUCCUCUCCACUCUUCUUCCCAUCCCGAGUGUCCCCCUGUGUGUGUGCCCAGUCCUGCUCCCUGCUCACAGCCCUCAGACAGCAGGGAUGCUGGUGGUGCAUGCCAGCUGGUAGCGGGGUCAGCCAGUGCUGGCUGCUCUGCAAAUGCAAGAAGGGGCCACACUGUCCCCCCCGCAGCACCUGUGUCCAGUGGCCACCGUACCUCCUCCAGCCAUGGCAAGGCCACAGAGGAGUGCAGCUCACCUCUGAGAGCGGUGUGGCAGCAUCGGGCUUGCUGAGAAUUGCUGCCACGGGUCACACGUGGUGUGCACCCUGUGGUGCUGGCUGCUCACAGCGCCCCAGGAGCUAGCACUGGCACAAGCAUCCCCAUACUCGUGCACAUAAUGGGAUGCUCCUCUGGGCUGGGUCCUGAAUGGUGGCGGGAGACGUGGGGCUGUGCUGGGGAACUGUUGGGUGCUGCUCUGUGACCUCUCCAUUAAAGCACAGUUGUCCACCCCCCA